AUGGACCCACAAGAAAAACUCGAGGCAAUGUUCUGCCCCCGCCUUGACUCUACGCUAGUCGCAUCCAUCUAUCACGAUAUGAAGGACUUCAAGGCUUGCAUAUCCAUCCUUUCCGCCCUCGCUGCUGCUGCACCACCGACGGAUACGGACGCAACCGCCAAGAACAACAUCACCACCACCAACAACAACAACAACAACAACAACAAUAUUAAUAAUGAUAGCGCCAACCAUACCGACGCUGGGACGAGUCGCAAUGCCAGCAAAAAAUCGACUACAUCCAACGGCAAACAAAAGAAUUCCGGCAGCAAGAACAUUUUGAUCUGGAGCGAGGAAGUCGCGGACGCGGCCUCUUUGGCCUCCCCCGCCGCAGGCCCUCCACGCCCCAGCGGUCUCUACAAACAGGGCCAGGUUUUGGACUCUAGCCGUCAGCCGGCUACAUCUUCGACUGCCCAGACAGCAACUACUACUACGACUCCACAAUCCGGGGGCACAAGCGCGACCGGGCAGCCUGGGAGAUUCAGAGCAGUGCGGAAUCCGAAUUACUUGAAGAAUCACGGCAUAGUGGAGGUACCUUCAGCAGCUUUCGAGGAAUCGGAUGGGCAGUACGAGGAACAGGUGAAGGAAGAGGAGAAGGACCGGGAGAAGGACCAGGACCAGAAUGGCACCUCAGAACAGUUCUCGGCAUUGCAGCCAUCUCAAGGAUCAUCGCAGGAAAAAAAAUCAAAGAACCGGAGACAAAAGAAGACUGGAAAGACAGGACAGCUCGCCUCAACCUCGACCCCAAUAACAGCAACAACAGCAGCAACAGCAGGAUUACCACAGCCAGACAGGACCUGGAAGAAGGAUUCUUCAGAGGCACGAAUUUCGGAUCAGCUUGCAGAUUUGAACGUGUUUGAUAGUCAAUCUAUGGAAGAGGAGCAGGAUGCGGAAUACUUUGAUGCGGAGGAAGAGAUCUCGACUACCGACAACAGCAGUCAGUAUGGGAACGGUACGCGAGAUCGAAAUGGUGUUAAAUCAGAGGAACUCGAGUUUUUGAAGAGCUGUUUCCCAGACCGCGAGCAUUCCGACGAGUACUUGAUCCAGGUUCUGGAGGACAGUCGGAGAGAUCUGGAGGCCGCUGUUGAGAUAAUUCUCAGCCAAAUGUUCCUGGAGAGUGAACAGGUCGAGACGUCCUCUUCUAGUUCAGGAUCUUUCCAUUCAUCAGGAUCACAAGUAACCACUGCGACAACCAGCUCAUUGGAUGACGCCUUUUACCAUGGAGUUCAGUCCCCAAAAAAGAAGUCCAAGGCCGGAGUAAGGAAGAAUGGGUCAGCUUGGGGAGCUCGCUACAACCAGACCUGGGACAACAACAAUAACGAUCUACUUCUCAAGACGCUUGAUCAUCAGGACGGGUUCUUGAUUCCCGAGAGUAACGAAUGGGCGACAUUCGAGCACCAGAUCUCGAUCCUGAUGGAUAUCUUCCACACAGUCCCCCAAAAGACCAUCGUGUCCGAGUACCACGCCAACGGGGCACAGCUGUUCAAAACGGUUGAGAGUCUGGAGAAGCGACUCAAGCGCGAGAACCACUAUGGAUCUGCACAGGGACAGGGGCAACAAAGUCGGUUUGAUGUAAGCCUGGCCCAACUGAUGGAGAUGUUCCCGGAUCACAGUGUUACGGCCUUGAAAAAGAUGCUGGUCUACAACGGAGGCAACGUUCAGGAUGCGAUGAAUGCCGUCUUGGCGGCGGACUUUGCGCAUGCGGAGCAAAAGGAUCAACCCUGGCAGAUGGUAUCGUCAUCAUCCAAGCGUGGAAAUUUGAUUCCAUUCCAGGCGGAUAUUCGCUUUGGGGAUAAGAAUCAUGUCCAGACACCGACCAGCAGUGGCAAUCGUCUGAAGAGUCUUCCUUCGACGAGCAACCCUGUUCCAGGUGGAUCACGACCGUUCCCGAACACGCUUUUGGAGAAUGCCAACACGGAGCUGUAUAACGAUGAGGAUGACCCUGAAUGGUGUCGACAGCACGCUCAGGAAAUGUUGCAGCAGAGGAACGAGCUAUUCAGGAAGGCCGCUCAAGCCUAUCAGACGUCCAAGGGUAAAGGCGCAGGGAUGGGCGGAAUUGCGGCCUAUUAUGCGGACGAGGGUAAGAAGCUGGACGCCCAGGGGAAGCAAUGGCACAUGCGCGCCGCCCGUGCCGUUGUUCAACAGCAUCGUUUGGAGAACAACGACCCUAACUUGGUGGACCUACACGGAUUGACGGUUGCAGAGGCCCAGACGGUGGUCAAGGAGGCGGUUACGCAGUGGUUCGCGCGUGCGACCAUGCAGGCCUCCAGGAUCGCCGCCAAGCCUCUCAAGAUCGUCUGCGGUGUUGGUUCGCACUCCAAGAAUAGGAUCGCGCGUCUUUACCCGACGAUCUUGAGUCUUCUCAUGAAGGACGGUUGGAGCUGCGAGGCCGAGAACGGUGUGAUCCUCGUCAAGGGCGUCGCACGACUCGCGCCUACAUCUUCAAGAGCAAAGAGGUAG